AUGUCGGACCCCUCAUCCAAACGCAGGAAAUUGAGCCCACCUCCCAACGGAGCGCCCGGAUAUCCGACAGCAACCGAUCAGAAGCGAAGUGCAACUCGAAACAAAGAUGGGCGUUCUGCAGAGCUUGCAAUGGCCAGCGGCUUCUACAAGUCCAGUUUCUUCAAGCUACAGAUGGACGAAUUGUUAGAAGGGCUGAGACCAAAUCAUGCUAGUCAAGUCGCCAAAUCCCAGGAGUCACUACACCAGAUCAAGAACGCCAUUGAAACCCUGCCCGAUAAAACUCCGCAAUCCGUGUUCGAUGCGGAGAAGGACCUGCGAGCUUCUGGCCUGGCAGUGCCGUGGCCUGAACCUCGACCAAGCAAGGAAGUGAAAUACAGCAUGGCUUACGCAAAGCCAGCCAAUAUCAAUGUGGUGGGUAGCUUUGCGCUGCAGACGGGUGCUCGCGCUCUAGAGUUGCGCCCGAUUGACCUGGCUGUAACCAUGCCAAACUCGCUCUUCCAGGAAAAGGAUUAUGUCAACUUCCGAUACUUCCACAAGCGAGCUUACUACAUGGCGUGCUUGGCUGCUGGGAUCCAGGAUGUCGCGAACAAUCUCGGGUUCGACGUCAAGUUUAGCACUCAGGAUGGAGACAGCCUUCGGCCUCUGGUCCUACUCGAGCCACAGGCGCCCGGUUCCUCACAAAUUCGAAUCUUGGCCGCAGUUGAUCCCACUCUGUUCCCGAUCUCCAGAACACUCCCAAUGAAGAGCAAUAUUCGCCAAGGUUUUUCUGCCAGUUCGGAAAUUGGCGAGCCGACCUCCUUCUACAACGCCAGUCUGCGCGCUGAUGCUACCGUCUCCCUAUAUCAUAAGUCGAUUUAUUCGGCUUCGCAGAAAUGUGAGUCUUUCAAGGAUGCGUGCAUUCUUGGUCGCACUUGGCUGCACCAACGGGGCUUCCGGACUGCAUUCCAGAAUGGAGGCUUUGGAGGCUUUGAAUGGACGGUGCUUCUGUCUCUGCUUUUUGAAGGCGGUGGCCCUGCGGGACAGCCUGUUUUGCUCCCAUCGUACAGCUGUUACCAAAUCUUCAAAGCCACAGUCCAAUUUUUAGCUGGCAGAGAUUUGACCACUCCCCUGUUUUUCAACCACGAAGUCUCUGUUCCUUCGGGCGUGCCUGUCGUAUAUGAUGGACGUAGGGGACUUAACAUCCUCUACAAAAUGACAUCUUGGUCAUACGCCACACUGCGUCACGAAGCUUCCACCACUCUGAAGAUGCUCAACGAGUCACGAGAAGACAACUUCGACAAAGUCUUCAUUUUGAAGGUAGAUGAACCCGCCCUGAGAUUCGAUCGAUUGAUCACAAUCAAAUCGUUCACUGGCGAGACGCUCAGGGCCCUUCAAGAACAAACAAAAUUGUACAAUGUUCUUACUAAGGCUUUGGGUGACCGGGUUAACCUCGUUUCCAUCGCCUCUGAUCCUGUGAGUACGUGGUCAGUCAAGUCAAAACAGCCCAAAAAGUCGAACGAGGGUGUAUCCGUGGGGCUGUUGCUCAAUGCCGAAAACGUUGGACGGGUUGUUGAUCAUGGCCCGGCUGCGGAGGAGAAGGAGGAUUCCACUGCCUUUCAAGCUUUCUGGGGUGAAAAGUCCGAGCUCCGACGAUUCAAGGAUGGCAGCAUCUUGGAAAGUCUGGUGUGGUCAGAGAACUCCGGGGACUCCAUCAUCCACCAAAUUCUGGUGUACAUCCUCCAGCGACACUUCGGGAUCGUCGACUUUGGGUUCCUCGGUGAUGAUUACGAUGAGCGUCUCAGGGCAUAUGGUGACAAUAUCUUGGCAUACUCCAGUCCUGCUUUCCAGUCGGCCAAUGAGGCUCUCAAAGACCUAGAGACAUCCAUUCGUACCAUGGACGAGGUGCCGUUGGAGGUUCGCCAUUUAGCCCCAGCCAGCUCGCUCCUUCGAUAUACAGCAGUGAGACCGGGCGGGCCAGCCGAUGUCGUGCUUCAAUUCGAAAGCUCCUCGCGGUGGCCGGACGAUUUUGCGGCUAUCCAGAUGACCAAGAUUGCAUUCCUCCUCAAGAUUGGAGAUGCCUUGGAACAGGCGGGCGCUACUGCCUCGCCUUGCCGCGUGGGCCUUGAGAAUGAAUCGUCCAAAAUCAUCAACAAUGCCUACCUAGAUAUUCCUCACUCUUCCGGUAUUUUAUUCCGCCUGAGAAUUCACCAUGACCGUGAGCAGACACUACUUGAGCGCAGUCUCAAGGACCGGUCGAUGAGCCCUCGCGAACGGGAAGAAGCCGCGUUCGCUCUCUUUUCCUACAAGAAGACAUUUGUCCAAAUUCCUCGCUUGACCCAGGCACUUCGAAGUCUGUGCACUCGUUUCCCUCUGCUCUCCCCUACCAUUCGUCUCACCAAGCAUUGGUUUGCCUCCCACAUGUUCACCGCUCAAAUAAACGAGGAGUUGAUUGAAUUGCUGGUCAUUCGGACGUUCACUCAGCCAAACCCUUGGGAAUGUCCCUCAAGUGUCAUGACCGGGUUCCUGAGGACUUUGCAUUCCCUCUCGCGGUGGGACUGGCAACAAGAAGCUUUCAUUGUUGACUUAGGAGGCGAUUUAAGCCCUGAUGUGACGGAGCACAUUCGCACCCGCUUCACGGCUUGGCGCAAUAUUGACCCUGCGAUGAACAGCGUGGCCUUGUUUGUCGCCUCUGACAUUGACCCCGAAGGCGUGACCUGGACGCAGUAUGAAAUGCCCUCUAAGGUAGUUGCAGGUCGAUUGUCUAGCUUGACCAAUGCGGCGAUCGGUCUCAUUCGGUCUAAACCCCAUGAUUUGGAUAUCUCUGAGUUGUUUGACACCUCGCUUGCUCCCUAUGACUUUGUCAUCCAUCUUCGUUCCAAGUUGUUUGGCAAGUCAACCUCGGCCCCCAAGUUCAAAAACUUGGCCGAGUCUCGUGCCUCCAUGGGUCCAACGAUCAAGUCGUUCGUUUGUGAUGUCCAGUCCUGUUAUAGUCAGAGCAUUCUUCUCUUCCGCGGAGACGACCGUUGCCCAGUUAUCGCUGGCCUUUGGAAUCCCCAAACUUUGAAGCCCCGCAGCUGGAACCUGAAGACGGCAUAUUCAACGGCGCCAGCACCUGGUCCCGAGGAUCAGGUGUCGAUCAAUCGGUCUGCUGUCAUCAAUGAAAUUGCACGGCUAGGUCAUGGGCUCAUUGAACAUAUUGAGGUUCAUGAUCAUUCAAAAUAG